AUGACCUCACCUGCAGAACCAGUGCUAGACUGUUGCCGUUCCGACUGGGUCGCCAGCAGUCAGCAGUCAUUCACUCUUUAUCAUGCUGGUGCGAGACUCUGGCGUCAAGAAGACCUAGUAGAUAUCGAGCAGCAGUUGGAGCAUGUCAACACUGCCGAGACCUUUACGUUGCGUCGUGUCGAUGGCUCGCAUAUCAAAAUCAAGAACCCCAUGCUUGGCGUCGAAAAUCCAAUCUGGUCACCAUUUGUUCGUUUUCGCGAGUACUGGUCGCUGGUCCGCAGCAGGCCAAGGAACCUUCCCCCGGAGAUAUAUGGUUGCUCGUAUAUUCUGGAAUGGGAGAACAUGAGCAUUGAGGAAUACAGAGGCCCGCACCCUGAUUGCGAAGCAUGGUUUCGCUCCUAUCGUGAGACCUGGCAAGCCAGUGCCACAUGCCAAUCGGUGAAAACCCAAAUCACCCAUAUUUUGUCGUCGGAACCAGGAAAGACUGUGAGCAAGGUGGUCUGCUUUGGACUUGGUGAUCUCACCUUCAGGUCACCGGACUGGUGGCACAUUCAGAAUCGCGAGCGGCCAGAGCACGAGCAGGAGACUGAACAUGACUGUGCUCUGGAUAGUUCCGUGCACCAUGCAGUUGCCCUCACUUUGAAAGAAGCUGUCACAGCAGCGAGUCGCACUGAAGUAAAGCUGGUCACCCAAGACCCCAGUUACACGGCAGAGUCAAAGAGCAUAGUUGGGAGGGUGGCCCCAGAGUUCGAAUUUGUCGGCCGCCACGGGGCUGGGGGUUUCUCUGAACUCAGUGACGACUGUGUCGUGUUUGCGCCUUUCGUGGCUGCGCCAAUCAAUCAGAUCAUUGCCGAUUUGGCGAGACCAGCUGUGAUAAUUACCAGCAAGGUCGACGAACUGGUAGUUAUGACUUUGAAACAGUAA